UCUCUCAUCACCGCGUGAGACAGAAAAUGCCGUCCCCAAGGAUAUGACAGAGGGUAUACACAUGGCUGCUAGACUUGUGGUCAUUGCCGUCUUUGGCAUUGGCUAUUUGUCAUCAUUUGUGGCUGCAGAGUGCAACUCUACACAGAUAAAUGGCUUGGAACAAUGCAUUUCUGACAACAGCACUUUCAACAGUUCCACUGAGAGGCAGUGUACUCCACCUUCAACGUCUUACACCAGUUCUCUGAUACUGAAGGCAGUGGACAAUGUGACCCAGCACAUACUUUGUGAAGGCCGCUCCAAUGGCAGCAUCGGGAUAGAGAAGUCCAAGCUGAUCCAGGCUGACCUGGGCCAAAUCAUCAAGUUGACCCUCAGUAUCCUGGCUCAAGUAAACCCAGCACAACAAGCCUCUGAGCUGGUGGGCAUAUUUGGAGCUUUGGACACCCUCACCCCAGACAGCCUGCAGAGCCUUGAGUUUGUUGUGGCAUGGGUCAACAUCAGACUCCUUCCUCUUCUCCCUCACCUGUCCAAAGAUGUCCUGAUACGCCUCAGUCAGGUGAACUUCACCUGUGCAGGCUACCAGGCAAUCAUUAAGGGUUUCAGUCAACAAUAUGGGCUCAUCAAGGUGGAACAGCGGAUCCUUCUUUACAGCCAUUUCAUCUAUGGGUUCCUGUCAAGGCAGGAUACACCAGAUCCGGGCUGCAUUGCUGGCACGUCUGGCAGCAAAGACUGGCUUCAGACAAACUUUGGAGACUUUGCGGAUUAUGCGCCUCUGAAAGAACUACAAGAGCUGAACGGCAACUUUUCUGGAUUGGCGACUUUGGAGACGCUCUCAUCGGACCAGAAAGCUGAGCUGAUUCUGGACCCGAGCAGCGGCGCUCUUGAGAAUGCGACUGUUUUGAAGGAAGUGUUUGUCACCAUAGCUGGAUCUCCAGGAGAUGGGCAGCUCGACGACUUCUUCCAGACAUUCACCGUUCUCACAGCGCAGCAAAACAUCACCUACAUUACCAACGCCGCCGUGAGAGAUGUCAUGCUGAACCUGACACUGACAGCCCUGAUUCCCAGAUUCCCCACCUUCCAAGCGAGCCAAUUCACCCUGUGGUUUGAGGUCAAUCUAGUUGUUCUGCUGGCCAGCGUCCGUCCCGAGAGCCUGAGCGUCAUCCCCAUGAAUGUCAGCUGUGACUCCCUCCAAGCCAUAAUCGUGGCUUUUGACAAGGCUUUGAAGACCCUUCCGCCUACAGUUUCAGGAACUCUCCUGUCUAGCCGACAGCAUUUGACACAGAGGUUCCCAGAAGGCUGUAGACCACCGGCUCCAGUUGGCGUGUGCACAGAGACAGUUGUGGAUGAGGAGAGUCUUUGUGCUGAGGCCAACAGCAUGUCCAUGCAGCAGCUCCUGGAGUCGGCAAACUCCUCUGGGUCGCUGUGCCACCUCAGCAUGAGAGACCUUGCCUGCUCCUCGGUGGAGUCUCUGUCAGUGGACAGUUUGGUGAGCCUACUGGAGUGCAAAGUUCCAGACAGCGGCAGCUACUCCAAAGAAAUCUGGAAGGCCUUCUUUGACAAAGUCUCUGACAAUCUGGACGAGGCCCUCGUCCGCUACUCCAGCAAGGCCCAGAACCUCAACCAGUCUCUGGCCACGGUCCUGGAAGUCAUAGGAGAGGUCAAACUCAACAACUUCUCCGAGGCACAGUUGAGAGACAAAGCCUUCAUCAAGCAGUGGUUUGACAUCAGACUGCAGCCAUUCUUGCCAUCUGCGAGCAGAGAAUUCCUAUCGUGCCUUGCCACCAAGAGUUUCACUUGCGAGACCUUCCGAGCCGUGGUCACUGCUUUCAGCAACCGGUCAGCAUCCAUGGAUGAGGAGCAAAAGAGAUCCAUCUUCACCCACUUCCUUUUCCUGUUCCUCUCUGGUGGAGACUCAGCAGAUCCGGGCUGCAUUGCUGGCACCUCUGGCAGCAAAGACUGGCUUCAGAUCAACUUUGGAGUCUUUGCGGAUUAUGCGCCUCUGAAAGAGCUACAAGAGCUGAACGGCAACUUUUCUGGAUUUGAAUCUCUGGACCUGCUGACGCCAACCCAGACUGCACAGCUGACCCUGACAUCAGGAGCGCUGAAUGACUCCACGAAAAUUGAGGCUGUCUUUGAUCGCCUAGAGGAGGGAGAUGCUCUGCUAAACGUGGAUCUAUUCCUCACAGCUCUGACCGUUGGUCCUGAGAUUCCAGAAAUUGCCCUGCCCGUCAGAGACCUGGCCAUGAACCGCACCUUCAAAGUCAUCAGCGUGAACUUCCCGCUGUUUGAUGCCUCGGCCUGGUUUGCGUGGUUCCACGUGAAACUCAUUCCCGUCCUGCCCAGUUUCACCACAGACAUGCUCAUUCAAACAACUGCGACGGCCAACUGCACCAACUACCAAGUCGUUGUGAAAGGAAUGGGCAAGGUAUUUACCAAACUCGGACCAGGGAAAAGGAGAGAACUGGCCGCAGUCCUGGUGAAUCAUCUGAAGCGGUCAUUGGCCUUCUUCAGAGAAGCAGCCUGCAGCCUGAACAUCCGCAAUGAUGCCGAAUGGCUGGAGGUCAACCUGGGUCCUUUCUCUAAAGAAGUAGACUACAGUGAAUUCAAAGAACUGAACAUUACAGGGUUGGCGACUUUGGAGACGCUCUCAUCGGACCAGAAAGCUGAGCUGAUUCUGGACCCGAGCAGCGGCGCUCUUGAGAAUGCGACUGUUUUGAAGGAAGUGUUUGUCACCAUAGCUGGAUCUCCAGGAGAUGGGCAGCUCGACGACUUCUUCCAGACAUUCACCGUUCUCACAGCGCAGCAAAACAUCACCUACAUUACCAACGCCGCCGUGAGAGAUGUCAUGCUGAACCUGACACUGACAGCCCUGAUUCCCAGAUUCCCCACCUUCCAAGCGAGCCAAUUCACCCUGUGGUUUGAGGUCAAUCUAGUUGUUCUGCUGGCCAGCGUCCGUCCCGAGAGCCUGAGCGUCAUCCCCAUGAAUGUCAGCUGUGACUCCCUCCAAGCCAUAAUCGUGGCUUUUGACAAGGCUUUGAAGACGCUUCCGCCCACAGUUUCAGGAACUCUCCUGUCUAGCCGACAGCAUUUGACACAGAGGUUCCCAGAAGGCUGUAGACCACCGGCUCCAGUUGGCGUGUGCACAGAGACAGUUGUGGAUGAGGAGAGUCUUUGUGCUGAGGCCAACAGCAUGUCCAUGCAGCAGCUCCUGGAGUCGGCAAACUCCUCUGGGUCGCUGUGCCACCUCAGCGUGAGAGACCUUGCCUGCUCCUCGGUGGAGUCUCUGUCAGUGGACAGUUUGGUGAGCCUACUGGAGUGCAAAGUUCCAGACAGCGGCAGCUACUCCAAAGAAAUCUGGAAGGCCUUCUUUGACAAAGUCUCUGACAAUCUGGACGAGGCCCUCGUCCGCUACUCCAUUAAGGCCCAGAACCUCAACCAGUCUCUGGCCACGGUCCUGGAAGUCAUAGGAGAGGUCAAACUCAACAACUUCUCCGAGGCACAGUUGAGAGACAAAGCCUUCAUCAAGCAGUGGUUUGACAUCAGACUGCAGCCAUUCUUGCCAUCUGCGAGCAGAGAAUUCCUAUCGUGCCUUGCCACCAAGAGUUUCACUUGCGAGACCUUCCGAGCCGUGGUCACUGCUUUCAGCAACCGGUCAGCAUCCAUGGAUGAGGAGCAAAAGAGAUCCAUCUUCACCCACUUCCUUUUCCUGUUCCUCUCUGGUGGAGACUCAGCAGAUCCGGGCUGCAUUGCUGGCACCUCUGGCAGCAAAGACUGGCUUCAGAUCAACUUUGGAGUCUUUGCGGAUUAUGCGCCUCUGAAAGAGCUACAAGAGCUGAACGGCAACUUUUCUGGAUUUGAAUCUCUGGACCUGCUGACGCCAACCCAGACUGCACAGCUGACCCUGACAUCAGGAGCGCUGAAUGACUCCACGAAAAUUGAGGCUGUCUUUGAUCGCCUAGAGGAGGGAGAUGCUCUGCUAAACGUGGAUCUAUUCCUCACAGCCCUGACCGUUGGUCCUGAGACUCCAGAAAUUGCCCUGCCCGUCAGAGACCUGGCCAUGAACCGCACCUUCAAAGUCAUCAGCGUGAACUUCCCGCUGUUUGAUGCCUCGGCCUGGUUUGCUUGGUUCCACGUGAAACUCAUUCCCGUCCUGCCCAGUUUCACCACAGACAUGCUCAUUCAAACAACUGCGACGGCCAACUGCACCAACUACCAAGUCGUUGUGAAAGGAAUGGGCAAGGUAUUUACCAAACUCGGACCAGGGAAAAGGAGAGAACUGGCCGCAGUCCUGGUGAAUCAUCUGAAGCGGUCAUUGGCCUUCUUCAGAGAAGCAGCCUGCAGCCUGAACAUCCGCAAUGAUGCCGAAUGGCUGGAGGUCAACCUGGGUCCUUUCUCUAAAGAAGUAGACUACAGUGAAUUCAAAGAACUGAACAUUACAGGGUUGGCGACUUUGGAGACGCUCUCAUCGGACCAGAAAGCUGAGCUGAUUCUGGACCCGAGCAGCGGCGCUCUUGAGAAUGCGACUGUUUUGAAGGAAGUGUUUGUCACCAUAGCUGGAUCUCCAGGAGAUGGGCAGCUCGACGACUUCUUCCAGACAUUCACCGUUCUCACAGCGCAGCAAAACAUCACCUACAUUACCAACGCCGCCGUGAGAGAUGUCAUGCUGAACCUGACACUGACAGCCCUGAUUCCCAGAUUCCCCACCUUCCAAGCGAGCCAAUUCACCCUGUGGUUUGAGGUCAAUCUAGUUGUUCUGCUGGCCAGCGUCCGUCCCGAGAGCCUGAGCGUCAUCCCCAUGAAUGUCAGCUGUGACUCCCUCCAAGCCAUAAUCGUGGCUUUUGACAAGGCUUUGAAGACGCUUCCGCCCACAGUUUCAGGAACUCUCCUGUCUAGCCGACAGCAUUUGACACAGAGGUUCCCAGAAGGCUGUAGACCACCGGCUCCAGUUGGCGUGUGCACAGAGACAGUUGUGGAUGAGGAGAGUCUUUGUGCUGAGGCCAACAGCAUGUCCAUGCAGCAGCUCCUGGAGUCGGCAAACUCCUCUGGGUCGCUGUGCCACCUCAGCAUGAGAGACCUUGCCUGCUCCUCGGUGGAGUCUCUGUCAGUGGACAGUUUGGUGAGCCUACUGGAGUGCAAAGUUCCAGACAGCGGCAGCUACUCCAAAGAAAUCUGGAAGGCCUUCUUUGACAAAGUCUCUGACAAUCUGGACGAGGCCCUCGUCCGCUACUCCAGCAAGGCCCAGAACCUCAACCAGUCUCUGGCCACGGUCCUGGAAGUCAUAGGAGAGGUCAAACUCAACAACUUCUCCGAGGCACAGUUGAGAGACAAAGCCUUCAUCAAGCAGUGGUUUGACAUCAGACUGCAGCCAUUCUUGCCAUCUGCGAGCAGAGAAUUCCUAUCGUGCCUUGCCACCAAGAGUUUCACUUGCGAGACCUUCCGAGCCGUGGUCACUGCUUUCAGCAACCGGUCAGCAUCCAUGGAUGAGGAGCAAAAGAGAUCCAUCUUCACCCACUUCCUUUUCCUGUUCCUCUCUGGUGGAGACUCAGCAGAUCCGGGCUGCAUUGCUGGCACCUCUGGCAGCAAAGACUGGCUUCAGAUCAACUUUGGAGUCUUUGCGGAUUAUGCGCCUCUGAAAGAGCUACAAGAGCUGAACGGCAACUUUUCUGGAUUUGAAUCUCUGGACCUGCUGACGCCAACCCAGACUGCACAGCUGACCCUGACAUCAGGAGCGCUGAAUGACUCCACGAAAAUUGAGGCUGUCUUUGAUCGCCUAGAGGAGGGAGAUGCUCUGCUAAACGUGGAUCUAUUCCUCACAGCCCUGACCGUUGGUCCUGAGACUCCAGAAAUUGCCCUGCCCGUCAGAGACCUGGCCAUGAACCGCACCUUCAAAGUCAUCAGCGUGAACUUCCCGCUGUUUGAUGCCUCGGCCUGGUUUGCUUGGUUCCACGUGAAACUCAUUCCCGUCCUGCCCAGUUUCACCACAGACAUGCUCAUUCAAACAACUGCGACGGCCAACUGCACCAACUACCAAGUCGUUGUGAAAGGAAUGGGCAAGGUAUUUACCAAACUCGGACCAGGGAAAAGGAGAGAACUGGCCGCAGUCCUGGUGAAUCAUCUGAAGCGGUCAUUGGCCUUCUUCAGAGAAGCAGCCUGCAGCCUGAACAUCCGCAAUGAUGCCGAAUGGCUGGAGGUCAACCUGGGUCCUUUCUCUAAAGAAGUAGACUACAGUGAAUUCAAAGAACUGAACAUUACAGGGUUGGCGACUUUGGAGACGCUCUCAUCGGACCAGAAAGCUGAGCUGAUUCUGGACCCGAGCAGCGGCGCUCUUGAGAAUGCGACUGUUUUGAAGGAAGUGUUUGUCACCAUAGCUGGAUCUCCAGGAGAUGGGCAGCUCGACGACUUCUUCCAGACAUUCACCGUUCUCACAGCGCAGCAAAACAUCACCUACAUUACCAACGCCGCCGUGAGAGAUGUCAUGCUGAACCUGACACUGACAGCCCUGAUUCCCAGAUUCCCCACCUUCCAAGCGAGCCAAUUCACCCUGUGGUUUGAGGUCAAUCUAGUUGUUCUGCUGGCCAGCGUCCGUCCCGAGAGCCUGAGCGUCAUCCCCAUGAAUGUCAGCUGUGACUCCCUCCAAGCCAUAAUCGUGGCUUUUGACAAGGCUUUGAAGACGCUUCCGCCCACAGUUUCAGGAACUCUCCUGUCUAGCCGACAGCAUUUGACACAGAGGUUCCCAGAAGGCUGUAGACCACCGGCUCCAGUUGGCGUGUGCACAGAGACAGUUGUGGAUGAGGAGAGUCUUUGUGCUGAGGCCAACAGCAUGUCCAUGCAGCAGCUCCUGGAGUCGGCAAACUCCUCUGGGUCGCUGUGCCACCUCAGCAUGAGAGACCUUGCCUGCUCCUCGGUGGAGUCUCUGUCAGUGGACAGUUUGGUGAGCCUACUGGAGUGCAAAGUUCCAGACAGCGGCAGCUACUCCAAAGAAAUCUGGAAGGCCUUCUUUGACAAAGUCUCUGACAAUCUGGACGAGGCCCUCGUCCGCUACUCCAGCAAGGCCCAGAACCUCAACCAGUCUCUGGCCACGGUCCUGGAAGUCAUAGGAGAGGUCAAACUCAACAACUUCUCCGAGGCACAGUUGAGAGACAAAGCCUUCAUCAAGCAGUGGUUUGACAUCAGACUGCAGCCAUUCUUGCCAUCUGCGAGCAGAGAAUUCCUAUCGUGCCUUGCCACCAAGAGUUUCACUUGCGAGACCUUCCGAGCCGUGGUCACUGCUUUCAGCAACCGGUCAGCAUCCAUGGAUGAGGAGCAAAAGAGAUCCAUCUUCACCCACUUCCUUUUCCUGUUCCUCUCUGGUGGAGACUCAGCAGAUCCGGGCUGCAUUGCUGGCACCUCUGGCAGCAAAGACUGGCUUCAGAUCAACUUUGGAGUCUUUGCGGAUUAUGCGCCUCUGAAAGAGCUACAAGAGCUGAACGGCAACUUUUCUGGAUUUGAAUCUCUGGACCUGCUGACGCCAACCCAGACUGCACAGCUGACCCUGACAUCAGGAGCGCUGAAUGACUCCACGAAAAUUGAGGCUGUCUUUGAUCGCCUAGAGGAGGGAGAUGCUCUGCUAAACGUGGAUCUAUUCCUCACAGCCCUGACCGUUGGUCCUGAGACUCCAGAAAUUGCCCUGCCCGUCAGAGACCUGGCCAUGAACCGCACCUUCAAAGUCAUCAGCGUGAACUUCCCGCUGUUUGAUGCCUCGGCCUGGUUUGCUUGGUUCCACGUGAAACUCAUUCCCGUCCUGCCCAGUUUCACCACAGACAUGCUCAUUCAAACAACUGCGACGGCCAACUGCACCAACUACCAAGUCGUUGUGAAAGGAAUGGGCAAGGUAUUUACCAAACUCGGACCAGGGAAAAGGAGAGAACUGGCCGCAGUCCUGGUGAAUCAUCUGAAGCGGUCAUUGGCCUUCUUCAGAGAAGCAGCCUGCAGCCUGAACAUCCGCAAUGAUGCCGAAUGGCUGGAGGUCAACCUGGGUCCUUUCUCUAAAGAAGUAGACUACAGUGAAUUCAAAGAACUGAACAUUACAGGGUUGGCGACUUUGGAGACGCUCUCAUCGGACCAGAAAGCUGAGCUGAUUCUGGACCCGAGCAGCGGCGCUCUUGAGAAUGCGACUGUUUUGAAGGAAGUGUUUGUCACCAUAGCUGGAUCUCCAGGAGAUGGGCAGCUCGACGACUUCUUCCAGACAUUCACCGUUCUCACAGCGCAGCAAAACAUCACCUACAUUACCAACGCCGCCGUGAGAGAUGUCAUGCUGAACCUGACACUGACAGCCCUGAUUCCCAGAUUCCCCACCUUCCAAGCGAGCCAAUUCACCCUGUGGUUUGAGGUCAAUCUAGUUGUUCUGCUGGCCAGCGUCCGUCCCGAGAGCCUGAGCGUCAUCCCCAUGAAUGUCAGCUGUGACUCCCUCCAAGCCAUAAUCGUGGCUUUUGACAAGGCUUUGAAGACGCUUCCGCCCACAGUUUCAGGAACUCUCCUGUCUAGCCGACAGCAUUUGACACAGAGGUUCCCAGAAGGCUGUAGACCACCGGCUCCAGUUGGCGUGUGCACAGAGACAGUUGUGGAUGAGGAGAGUCUUUGUGCUGAGGCCAACAGCAUGUCCAUGCAGCAGCUCCUGGAGUCGGCAAACUCCUCUGGGUCGCUGUGCCACCUCAGCAUGAGAGACCUUGCCUGCUCCUCGGUGGAGUCUCUGUCAGUGGACAGUUUGGUGAGCCUACUGGAGUGCAAAGUUCCAGACAGCGGCAGCUACUCCAAAGAAAUCUGGAAGGCCUUCUUUGACAAAGUCUCUGACAAUCUGGACGAGGCCCUCGUCCGCUACUCCAGCAAGGCCCAGAACCUCAACCAGUCUCUGGCCACGGUCCUGGAAGUCAUAGGAGAGGUCAAACUCAACAACUUCUCCGAGGCACAGUUGAGAGACAAAGCCUUCAUCAAGCAGUGGUUUGACAUCAGACUGCAGCCAUUCUUGCCAUCUGCGAGCAGAGAAUUCCUAUCGUGCCUUGCCACCAAGAGUUUCACUUGCGAGACCUUCCGAGCCGUGGUCACUGCUUUCAGCAACCGGUCAGCAUCCAUGGAUGAGGAGCAAAAGAGAUCCAUCUUCACCCACUUCCUUUUCCUGUUCCUCUCUGGUGGAGACUCAGCAGAUCCGGGCUGCAUUGCUGGCACCUCUGGCAGCAAAGACUGGCUUCAGAUCAACUUUGGAGUCUUUGCGGAUUAUGCGCCUCUGAAAGAGCUACAAGAGCUGAACGGCAACUUUUCUGGAUUUGAAUCUCUGGACCUGCUGACGCCAACCCAGACUGCACAGCUGACCCUGACAUCAGGAGCGCUGAAUGACUCCACGAAAAUUGAGGCUGUCUUUGAUCGCCUAGAGGAGGGAGAUGCUCUGCUAAACGUGGAUCUAUUCCUCACAGCCCUGACCGUUGGUCCUGAGACUCCAGAAAUUGCCCUGCCCGUCAGAGACCUGGCCAUGAACCGCACCUUCAAAGUCAUCAGCGUGAACUUCCCGCUGUUUGAUGCCUCGGCCUGGUUUGCUUGGUUCCACGUGAAACUCAUUCCCGUCCUGCCCAGUUUCACCACAGACAUGCUCAUUCAAACAACUGCGACGGCCAACUGCACCAACUACCAAGUUGUUGUGAAAGGAAUGGGUAAGGUCUUUCCCAAACUGACACCGAAGAGAAGGAGGGAGAUGGCGAGCGUUCUGGUGAAUCAUUUGAAACAGUCAUUGGCCACAUUCAGAGGGGAAGCCUGCACUUUGAACAUCGGCAAUGAUGUCGAAUGGCUGGAUGUCAACCUGGGUCCCUUCUCUGAAGAAGUAGAUUACACCUCCCUUAAUGAGCUGAAUAUUACUGGGGAGGCGGUCCUGGCUUCUCUCUCUACAACUCAGAAAGCUGAACUCAUACUUGACAUGAGUGAUGGUGCUGCCCUGAACGAAAAUCUAAUCAGAGACACCUUCUCCAGCUUGCUUCAGUCGAACAGUGAAGCCCAGUUUUUCAUAUCAAUUACGGACACUGCAGCCAAAAAAAACCUGACAGCCAUCCCUGCAGGUGUGAGGGACAUUGUUUUGAACCUGACCCUGACCAGCCUUGCUCCCAAGUUCUCCCUCUUCCGACCUGAGGACUUUGCACUCUGGUUCCAGAACUAUCUGGUUUUGUUCCUGCCAAGCAUCAGUCCAUCAGGUCUCUCCGUGAUUCCAACUAACAUCAGCUGUGACUCAUUCCAGCAAAUAGUCAAAGGAUUCGAUGGAGCAUUUGCGCAGCUGUCAGAUGUUCAAUCUGGAAACAUUUUCAGCUUUAACAGGAAAUACAUGGUUGGCCAGUCAAUGACAGGUUCUUCUUGUGCACAAUCCGUUGAGAGUGACCAAAACUGGCUGAUCAAGAACUUUGGCCAGUUCAGCAUUUUUGCUUCCUUCUCAGACCUCUUGAUGCUGAAAAAUGACUUUAAAGGGGUGGAUGCUGCAGCGGUCCUCACAGAGACGCAGCUGACUGAGCUGGCCACUAUCCCAGGACAGCUGACCAGCUCUGUGGAUGUGCAGACGGUCACAGGGGCAUUCACACCUGACAAACUUGCUGGGUUUUUCAAUGUGGUAUCACCUGUCAUUGAGCGACUUGAGAAGAACUACACCCUGGAGGUGAAACAAGCUUUCCUUCAGGUGAUCUUUGACCGAGGAGACCUGGUUUCAUCAUCAGUCCCAGAUGUGGAGAUUGUCAACUGGGUGAACAUUCGCCUUCGCCCCCUCUUGCAGAGUCUUACCAUACCGCAAGUGGCCCAAUACUUCACCAUCUUCAAAGACCGAACUUGCAACACAAGUCAAGAGGGCGUAAAGGCACUGGACUCCAUUCAUUCGCUCCUGAAUAGUGAAGCUCAGAGUGAGAUUCAAAACAACAUCCAACUUCUACUGAAAGGUCCAACCCCACUCCGCUGCUACAGUGGUGGGAACUUCUAUGGGUUCCUGCAGAGCACUUUCCUUCAAUUCAGUUUGCCCGAUUUGUCAGCGUUCCUCUCUCUGAUACCCUCCAAUCGCUUACCUGAGGUUCUAAGCUCCAUUGAGCCAUCUGAACUGAAUACAUACUUCAGUAAGCCAGCUGUCAUCACCAACUCUUCAGACCUUUGCAUUGUCCUGAGGAACUACAAUCGGACCACUGAUUACCUGGAGCUGUCCACUGAUCCCGAGUUGGUCCAGAGGGAGACACUGUCCUGCGUCUGGUCUCUGGCUCUGGAUGCCUCCACACCUGCUGAAGCAGAGCGCUGGUUUGACACAAGCUUGAAGAACUACCUCCCCUUCCUCACCAAAGACCUCAUCAGCGCGUCUCUGAUACAGAAUGCCUCUUGCUUCUCAUACCAAAAACUGGUCUCCAUUCUCGGCAGCAGUUUCAACUACAGCAGUGCCGACUUCAGCCAAGCAGACGUUUACUCCUCCAUCCAGGCUUACCUUGGCAACAAUACCUCACCACGAUGCUACAAUCCUGGUAACCCAGAGUUGAACUCCACGGCCUGGUUUGUGAAUUAUAUCGGCACAUUCAUCGUUUACGUCUCUGUGAGCGACCUUCAGUCCUUCUCGUCUUCCAGCCAGCUUGGUGUGCUCCUGGAGAACACUGCAAACAUUGAGCUCUUCAACAGCGCAGAUAUCACCUCUGCAGUUGUCACCUACUACACAACUCUGCUCUACACCCAAAACCCCACAUUCAGCCCCAUCAGUCUCCCAGGCAGUUUUGUGUGCCUUGUACCUCUCUCUGCCUUUGAGGAUUUGGGUGAGACGGACAGUAUAACCAUGCUGGACCGCCUAAAACUGUAUUGCAAUGGAACUGAACCUGAGAUUUCUGCCGCUCUUGUUGCAAACCUGCCUACACUGUCCUCGGACACCAUCCAGUCGCUUGGCAACGAAAGCACCAGCCUCACAGUGGGCCAGAUCAGUUCGGCUCCGUCCAGUGUGAUUGUGUCCUCACUCGACACGCUCAGUCUGGUCAGUGGCUGGAACCAGGGUCAAGCCAAUGCUCUCGUCCAGUCCAUCACACAGACCAUGCAGAUCAAUACAGCUGCCUCCUUGGUCUCCUUGGGAACCCUCAUCCAAGGCGUUCCAACGACCAUCAUUUCCAGCAUGGUGUCCUCUCAGCUGCUCACCACCACCACCAACACCGUCUUCAUUCAAAACAUGCUCACCGCACCCUCCAUUGUACAGCAGGUCUAUGUUACCAAGAUUAUCUCCAUAGAUCAGAGUAUAACUCAGCUGAUGACAAAUGUCCCUGAUGCCCUGGCUGGUUCCAUUCCUUCAGUCCUGUUGACAUCCUCCAGCUCCGUCAGCGUCACAGAAAUCAACAAGAAAACAUGGAAGGCCCAGCAGGCUGCAAUGCUCUUCAAUGGAGUUGCAUCUGCUGUGGGUGACGAUGGAACAGAAGAGCUUUCUGCAUCGGUGUUGCAAGGCUUCACCUGCACCUCCGUUCAGACUGUAACAAAGGUGAAAGUGCGGCGCCUGGUGCGAGCUUGCAGACCAAGACGGCGACGUCGAAAGGUGGUGCUGAGAGAGUCGCAGCUGACUUGCAUGUACAACCUUGUGAAGAGUGAAGCCUCACAGAACUUCACAGACUACCCAACAGAUAUGCUGCUCUACUAUGACUAUUCAACAGUAGACAAGGCCAAUUGCAAGUCCUACUUCCAAGCUCUCAGUACGGCUGACUUCUCCAUCAUUUCCAGUGGCCUCAGUAUUAAGACCAAUCUGUGGAACAAUGCUCAGAGCUGUUUGGGCAUCACCGGUUUCAAAAUUGGUGUGGCAGACUUGGACAUCCUUGGCAACAUGGUGUGCAACCUGGAUGGCACAUACAUCCAGAACUCUGAUUCAGCCAUCCUGGAGAAGCUCAAGAACUGUCCAGACUUUACUGAUGCUCAGGUCACAGCCAUUGAAGCCCUCCUGCUCUCAGGAAACACUAAAUAUGGAAACAAGACCACAUGGGACCAGCAAACCCUGCAAGACCUGGCCAUCCUCCCACUUUACCUCACACGCAACUUCUGGGACAACUUCAUCUGGUCUGAGAAGCGGGCGUUCCUGCGGUCCUUCAUGCCCACCAUGAGGAAACAGAGGGUCGCGAAGAGAAAGCUGAGAAGACUCUUCAGGCGGUGUAACUCUCGCCGAGUCAGACGAAGCGCUGGGUGCACACUUGGGAACAUCACUGAAUCGACUGUCAAUGAUCCAUCCUUCCCCUUCGGCUAUGACGCGGUGCAGUUCGACCUCUGCCUUAACUUGGACAUCCUGAAGCAUAACCUGGCCACAAUAACAGAGAAGGUGGAUGAUCAAUCCUUCCAGACCAUCAUCUUGGCCAAGUUGAAUCAGGCAUACCCAGGUGGUAUAAAGGACUCUGAGCUCCAGGUUCUUGGCUCUACGGCUCGCGUGGCCACCCCGGAUGACAUCAGUAAGUGGAACAUCACUACCAUUGACACUCUGGCGGCCCUCUUCAACACAGACGACGGUGAAUGGAACACUACCGAGAGUAAAGCGGUCAUCAUGAAGUACCUGAGUGUAGCCAACAACACUCUGGGCAGUGAGGAGAUCAAUGCGGUCGGCUCCAGCGUCUGCUCUCUGGACACCAGCAUACUGAGCAACAUCACAACAGACAGCUUGAAGAACACAGAGGCUACAGACCUGGCGUCCUGCUCCACCCAACAGAAGGCAGCUCUCUACAGCAUCGCCAAGGCUGCCUUCAGCUUCGUGAGAACUCAGAGGAGCACCGCGGCUACCACCUCCUACUACCAUCUCAUCUCCUCAUACCUGGGUGGCGCUUCUCUCACAGAUAUCCGUAGUUUAGCAACACAGAAUGUCAGCAUGGAUAUCACAACCUUCCUCAGCCUCGAUCCAGAUGUCGUUAAGAACCUUACUGUGAGUGAGGUCCAAGGACUUCUUGGGGAGGUGAACAUAAAUGACCUGAAGACGUUUGAGAACAACUCCCUCAUCAGGUCUUGGAUUGGGGAGCAGCUGCAGUCGGAGCUCGACUCGCUUGGUCUGGGCCUGGAAGGAGGGAGAGCUUCAGUGGCCACCGUGACAACUGCCCCGUUGACCAAUGCCACCAGCAAUGCCAAUAGCACAGACACCAACUCCACCGCAACCGCCAUUCCUGUUGUACCAGGCCAAGCUACCACGUCCCUUCCCACUGCUGGAGGAGUCCGCCUCCAGACCUCCUCCAUCCUCAGUGUUGCUCUGCUGCUGACAGUGGUCCUGAUGCUGGCCUGAACACCACACUGAGCUAUGCAUUACUGAUGAUAUGCUCUAAAUGUUACUAAUUUACUGUAUACUCUAAGGAUAAUUUACGUGUCUUAAUCUCUUAAUAUUUGUAUGUAGACCUGGUACUCUGUGGUUUAUGAUUCUUAUAUCUGUUGACUAUAUUACUAUAUACUAAAUUAUCAAUUUUCAUUUAUUGGUUUAAUGUUGUUUCUUUGAGGUAUUUAUUAAAUAUCAGACAUAUGAAUGUAUUUUUUCCUCCCUCU